AGUUGUUUAUCUGUGAAGAAGAAUUUUCAAGUGCGGUUUAUGAUGGUUACGAAGGAGUAAUCGAGUCCUUCGAGUUAAAUACGUGUUUUUCUUUGUUCAACAUUCAUUGUUGUUUCUGACUUAGCUUAAGUUUAGUUUGGAAAAAUUAAUUCAAGAACUUUAUGUUUUGUUUAAAAAGUUAGGUUAUGUAAAAACGCAUAAUUUCUUUUUCAUUUUUCGAAGUAUUGGAUACUAAUUGCUAUGGCUGAAGUUAACAACACCAAUAAUCCCAAUGUGAUGAACGAAAUAUCAACUUUGAUAAAAAAUUGGGAAGACGAGAAUGGUCAGCCCAAUUAUGACCCCAUCCCUACACUCACUAGGAUGGCGGAAAUAAUAGAAGUCGAAACCGAGAAUUAUUUAAAAAUGGACCCUGAUCCUUUUGAUGAAAGACAUCCUUCGCGUACAGAUCCUGACUGUAAGUUGGGACAGAUUUUAAAAGCCAUGUUUCGCAAGGAUAACUUUAUGAGCAAAUUGCUGAAUGAUUAUUUACGGGAGUCAUAUUAUAGUCGGUCAGGUAUUACAGGUCAGGACAUCGACCAACUGAAUAUAGCAGCAUGUCGCUUAUUGUUGGACGUUAUGCCUGGCUUGGAGACAUCGGUAGUGUUUCAAGAUAUGGACGGCCUGAUUCAUCGACUAAUAAAAUGGACCACAAAUUCUAUUGAACCGCUCCAAAGCUACGCCACUGGGGUGCUAGCCGCGGCGAUGGAAAUACCAGAAAUUGCCACCAAGUUCAGAGAACAGAACAGCAGAUUGGUGCCGCUGUUGAUACAGAGAUUAAAGCGAUUGAAAAACUCGUCCGAGUUCUGUAAAAACUUUAACAACUCUAACACACAGCGACCCUUUGCCCAUUUGUCUGUAAUGAAAUCGCCUCCUUACAGAGGAGAUGGGAUUAUAAAAGUGAAUUCCAAUAUGACUAUAGCUAACGGUAUCGCGUCGGAGUCGGUGGAAAUCGAGGAAAACGCCGUCGACGACGAGAUUUUAACGAACCAUUCCUCGCAGAAGAGGAAAAAGAGCUUAGAGAACGAGUUUGCCAGCCCUCAGACCUCCGACACGGAAACCAGCAGGAGAAAACGCCUCAAAUUGGAUAGCGGCUCGUCGGCGGCCCCCUCCCCGGACGCGAGCCCGCAGAAGGUGUGCAACGUUUCGGAAACGAGCAACUCGUCGUGGGCCGAACUAGAAAGUUUCAUGAUCGGCACCGUACAAAUAUUCCCUCCUACGAUUGCGACGCGUCAGAUACUGAUCCUCAGGUAUUUGACGCCCAUAGGCGAGUACCAGGAGUUCCUCAGCCACGCAUUCCACGACAACACCGCUCUCGACUUGAUCCUGUGCUACGUCAACGUGCGGAUGACCAAAGAGGCGCGGUUGGCCUUCGAAGCACUGAAAUAUUUGGCCGCGUUGCUGUGCCACAAGAAGUUCUCCAUCGAGUUCAUCCAGCGGCGCGGUCUCGAGGCGCUACUCGAGGUGCCACGCCCCUCGAUCGCCGCCACCGGUGUCUCUAUAUGUUUAUAUUACUUGGGUUAUUGCGAGGAGGCGAUGGAACGGGUGUGCCUAUUGCCAAAAUACAUAGUGACGAAUUUGGUUAAGUACGCGCUGUGGUUGCUCGAGUGCUCCCACGAUUCGGGACGCUGUCAGGCCAUCAUGUUUUUCGGGUUGACGUUUCAGUUUAAGGUCAUCCUCGACGAGUUCGACGCGCAGGACGGCCUCAGGAAACUGCAUAAUGUCAUAUCAACGUUGCCGAUAUUACUUCCGGACACCGACACGGGUCAACUGAACGAAGACCAAGAGUGCGCCGCGAGACAAAUCGUCAGACACGUGUGCGUCGCUUACAGGCGCUACUUGGAGGCCCACCUUUACACCAAAGCGGAGCUCAUCAAAAGGUCGCAGAUGCGACCCAGCGAAAAAACCAACACUCCCCUCCUACCGGCGCUGCCUCCUUACAAGGCGUGCAAACUGUCUCCGGAAGAGAUCCAAGGGCACAUUGAGCUCCUGCUGCAGAACAUGCCGUUCCGGUCGCACUGGUCGCCCGUCGACCACCUUCUCAAACUGGGCGGGGUCACUCUGCUCCUCAAAAUAAUCGCGUUCGCGUACGAGUGGAACUACAGCGGGCGCGCAGAAACAGUACGCUCCGCCCUCGACGUCCUCGCGAUCGCGUGCGUCAUGCCUAAGGUGCAGCUGUUGUUUUGCGAGAAGGUCGACCUGCCCGAGGAGAGCAUCACCGUUGGAUUUAACAUCAUCCUGGGCGCGGCAGAGGGCGAAAUCGUCGCCGACGCGGACGUGCAGAAAGCCGCGCUGCGCGUCAUAGUGAAUUGCGUGUGCGCGCCGGUGAACCGCAUCGGCGGUUCUGUCUCGAGGUUCUCGCAAGGCUCGACCGCGUCGCCGAAUAAAAAAACCAAGUUCAAGAGUUCUGAGGAGUUGAUCCAGAAGGUGUGGGACUGCGUGCGAUCGAACAGCGGCAUCAUGGUGCUGCUGCAGCUGAUGAACGCCAAGACCCCGAUCACGGACGCCGAUUCGAUGAGGACUCUCGCGUGCAAAGCGCUAGCGGGUCUCGCUCGGUCCGAAACCGUCCGUCAGAUAGUGUCGAAGCUUCCUCUGUUCACCAGCGGCCAGUUACAGAACUUGAUGCGCGACCCGAUCCUGCAGGAAAAACGGCAGGAACACGUAACGUUCCAGAAAUACGCACUCGAGCUUCUGGAACGUUUGUCUGGUAAAACGAAGUACGCGGGAAGCGACCUGGAGGUUUCGCUCGCGAACAUCCACCGGAUCCACAAGGCGAACGUCGUCGCGCAGACCAAGAUCCAGUUCAACGAUCGCCAACUGCUCCAGUUGAUCCACCAGCACCUAGUGACCAAGGGGUACGGCGACGCGGCCGCCACGCUCGUCAAGGAAGCGAACCUGAGCAAUGCCAUCUGUUCGCUGUCGUCGCAACAGCCGACCAAGUUCCGGUACACGACGAACCUCACACCAUCGCGCACGAGAUUAUCGUUCACCUCGCCUUCGACGCAGAGGGCGCUGCAGGCGUCCGCGUCUUUGGAGAACCUGCCAAGUGGGAGCGGGGGCGUCGUCGUCAACGGAGCCAUGCCCACCACGAUCAAGCUGGUCAAGAAGCAGCCUCAGAUGUUUCCGACGACGCCGCACACCAUUGGCAAAAUCUUACACUGUCCGUCGGCUCAGAACUCACGGCUGCAGAAAAAAGUGAGCGGCGAGCCAUUGAUCUGGGCGCCCGGACGGAGUAUCCAGGAAGACCCCGCGGACCAUCCUAGGGUGACCCUCGACUCUAUCAUUACGGAAUACCUGACCAACCAACACGCCCUAUGCAAGUACCCGAUGGCGACAUGUCCGCAGUUUAACUUGUUCGUGCCGCACAAGUGUCCGGAUCCGAAGCCGCGGAUCACUACCGCCAACAACUUUAUAGUGAGAGCCGCGAGGAGGACUCUGGGGUACCAAGCGAAGACGAUGGAUCGCCGGUUCGUCCACUCCAGGUUUUGUCCCGUCCAGACGAUAAGGUCGUCGACGGACGAGGGGUUCUUUACGUGCGCGAAAUUCCUGCCCGGCAAUAGGUCCGUGAUAGUUGGUGACUACAACGGCGAUGUGCACGUAUACAACAAGCACACGGGCAACGAAGAGAGUAGUUUUUCUGCACACGACAAUUACAUCGUCCACAUCGAGCCGAACAGGACCGGGGAGUUCGUGCUGACGAGUUCCACGUGGGGUCAUCCCGUGUCCGCCCUGUGGGGCAUCAAGAAUUUCGAGAUGAAGUAUCCAUUUCACGACGAAGAACACGUCGAAUACAGCAAAGUAACGCAGGAUAGGAUACUCGGGACCAAAGGCGAAGUAGCUACGAUAUAUGAUGCAAACACCGGUUCCUCAAUUACUCGCCUAAUACCGACGAUCAGCAACCAGUACACGAAAAACAAAGCCACGUUCAGUAUGAACGACGAACUCAUUCUAUCUGACGGCGUCCUGUUCGACGUAAAUUCGGGCAAACCCAUCCACAAGCUGGAUAAACUGAACCAGACCCAAAGCGGGCUCUUUCAUCCCAACGGCUUGGAGAUCGUGUCGAACACGGAAGUUUGGGACAUUCGAACGUUCCACCUGCUCAAGACUGUGCCGGCGCUAAACCAAUGCGCGGUAACCUUUUCUCCCGUCAACAGCGCCCUCUACGCGAUUUCGAUGGAACAAGAGAUGGAUGACGGCGACUCCUCGUUCGAUUCCAGCUUCAAGACGUUCGAUUCGAACGACUAUUCGAGCAUCGCGACCAUCGACGUUAAGCGGAAUAUUUACGAAUUGGCCGUGAAUUGCUACGACACCCAGAUAGCGAUGGUAGAAAAUCAAGGGAUGUACAAUUCGGUGCAGGAGUCGGUAGUGCGGCUCUACGAUGUAGGCAGGAGGAGGGACGAUGAAGACGAGCAGGAAGAGGAAGACGACGAUGAUUUGGACAACGAUAACAGCGAAGACGACGGAUCGGAUGGAGAUGAUCACGUAGUAAUCGAUUUAGGGGCGGACAACGACAACGGGGCCAACAACGAUAACAACGAAGACGACGACAAUGGAAGCGACAGCGACGAGACCUGGACGACGUUGUCGAGCGAGUCCGAUUCGUCGGAUUCCGUUAUGGGAGACAUAAUGUUUUUUUAGCUUUAGAUUUAAACCGCGGCGAGCCAUUUUUCUUAUUAAAUCAAUUUUUAUCGGGAAAUUUUAUAUUCGGUACUUCCCUCAGCCCACACAUACACAAACGCGAGUUUAUGGGCGAACGAAAGUGUAGUGCGCGGUGGAUCAGUCAUCAUAUGACGAUAAAAUUUUCAAUGAGUGAUUACUGUUUUUUUUUUAUGGACAGAGUUUUUAUUGUAGUGGAGAUUACGUAACGAGAGAUAAUAUUGGUUUGUGUGGGCAUCCUGUAAUCUGUAUGUCUAUAGAUGGUUAAAUGCACGAACUAUAAGUAUGUACAUACAUAUUCCAUGUGAUUUCAAC